UUCCAAACAAAAACAUGCGACAAAAUUUUCAUCUUCUUUAAAUAGAACAUCAAAAUUGUUCAUCAUGAGUACAAUAACAACUACUUCUCUGAUUCAUGUACUCCUUGCCCUGGCCAUCAUGCUGGGCCGGGCCAAAACCGACCCCGACCCGCUUCAGGACUACUGCAUCGCCGAUACAAAAUCCGCGCCAUCCAUCUUCAUGAAUGGGAUGCCUUGCAUCAAUCCGGCCCUAGUGGCCGCCUCAAUGUUCGCCACGUCUGCACUGGCUAGGCCGGGGAGCACAGUCAACCAGUUUGGGUUCAAUGUCACGUUCGCAAACACUGCCAACCUUCCAGGACUCAACACCAUGGGCCUUACCAUGGCCCGGGUGGAUAUAGCGCCCCAGGGGUUCGUGGUGCCUCACUCGCACCCGAGGGCCUCGGAGGUGACCAUCUGCCUCAAGGGCUACAUCUGUGUGGGCUUCGUGGACACAUCAGGCCACCUCUACACACAAAUCCUGAGGCCAGGCGACUCGUUCGUGUUCCCUAGGGGCCUAAUUCACUAUCUGUACAACCCCGACUAUAGGAAUCCGGCCCUAGCCGUGGCGGGGCUCAACAGCCAAAACCCUGGCGCUCAGAUUGCAUCAUUGGCGAUGUUCGCAUCUACGCCGGAGAUUCCGGAAGAGGUUCUAAAGAAGGCUUUCAAGAUUACGGGGCAGGAGGUAGCAAGAAUUCGCGGUAACCUUGGAGGGUAGGAGGAUGGUUUGUGCUUUAUGGCUAAUUAAUUAUUGCCGCUGGUCGCUAUAUUUAUUCAUUGCUUUGAAGUUUUCUUGUCUAUUUUUAUUCUUAUUUUUUAAGUAUUUUUCAUAUACGAAUUAGAGUUGACAUUUAAGCUGUAUGAUCAUUUGUGUAAAGGUUCACAAAAAGAAAAAUCAUUUGUGCGAGGACUAAAGUUUGAGAUUUCAGAACAAUGAUGCACGUCGUGAUUUGUGAAUAAAAGACUCUGACUAGUGAUAUAUUUUCA